AUGUGGGCAGAAUACGCACACAACACUCUACGCUCCUCAGCCACAGGCAUGUCCCCAUUUGAGUGCCAGUUUGGGUAUGCUCCUCCACUGUUCCCGGAGCAAGAAGUGGAGAUGGCUGUUCCCUCCGCUCAACAGUUCAUCAAGCGCUGCCGCCAAACCUGGAGAAAGGCCAGACUAAAGCUCCCGAGAACCUCGCAGCAGUACCAACAGCAGGCGAACCGACGACGAAGACCGGCCCCUACUCUGCGCCCCGGAACGGAUUUAGAACGUAAAGCUGUAAGAGAUGGGGGAGGUUGUGACGUCACAAGAGGAGGCUAUGACGUCACAGGAGGAGAAGGGACAAAAACCGUGAUUUCAGGUGCUUUAGUUCAGUUACUGUAUUUUACAGAUCACACGCCAGAGAAAACAAUCCGAGAGAAAAUACUGGAUUCAUACCCACGAGAUUCAAAGAUGAGUGAGAAGAAGAGAAGUAGCCAAAGAGGAACAGCUGGAACAGCUGGAGCGUGCACUCAGGACUCCACAUCUGACCAGAGACUGAAGUGUUUCAGGGACAUUAUGGACGUCGUUCUUCAUCUGAGCGAUGAGGAAUGGAAGGCUGUGACCAGGGACAUGAAGAAGAAGGUCACAAAGUUGGAGUUUGCGGCUCUGUGCACGAAAAUCGUGACGUCAGCAGCGUCUUCUGCCAUCAGACGUUUACUGACGCCUCUCAUCGAAAGCUUCGGGAUCGAUUUGAUUCUCCAGGCGAAAGACAAACUGAAGAAAAGGGAGGAGUCUAAAUGGAGGAAGUGGUCUGACUCAGACGCCUCAGCUCAAAGAUCGCCUACGGAGACGUCUGAUUUCAUCUGUCAGCUCGUUCAGAGAAUCGCCACUCAGACCAAAGCUGCGAUGCUGGAGGCGAUCCGGAAAGUGGCAUCAGGACGAAGGGCGAUCUGCUCGGCGAGCGCUUCCUCACCUGCAGAAGAUCAGAUCUCACAGCCAGAUGAUCUCAGCAUGGCAUGCACUAAUGAGAUCUGUGAAAAGAUCUUGGCCCUGUAUUACUCUGACGACUUCGACAGACCUGGAGGAGAGAAAACUUCAGGAACGUCGCUAAAGUGCCACCAGGAGGUCCAUGGAAUAAUGAAGGGCUUGGAAGAAGUUGUCUCCAUCAGCAGGUCCUCUUUCGAGUUAACUCUAAAAUCCUCGAGCCCUGAUUCGGUCCCUGUGACGAUUAAAGUGAUGGCUCCUGAUUGUGCUUCAUCAGCGAAUGCUGAGAGGCUUUUCAGUGAUCAGUUUCUGAGUAAAGCCACACAAGAGGUCAGAAAAGUUCUUCUGAAAACAGAGGAAAAAAUCGCUGCCUCAAUGUCGUCCCAAACCUCCGUCCCUGUCCGCAGUGAGACAGAAACGAAUUCCCUGAUGGAGGAGGUCGAGAGCACAUCCUCAGAAAUUCUGUGGAAAUUAUUAUUUAUACUUAUACAGUCACUGUGUAAAAGUUCAUCAGGCGUCAGCUGCAACGAUGCUGACCAGUCUGCACCAGAAGAUGAGCAGAAGAACUUCCUCUCUGGUGCUGAAAAGAUCCACGAGAACAUCUUCAAGCAGGUGUUUACGUUCGUCUCUGGGCGGAAGCGAGCCAUUUCCGAAAAGAACAAGUUGAUGUUGGACGUCUGUCCUAAAACUGCUGCUGAGCUCAACGUCAGGUCGGAGAACGUACAGGAGCCUGCUGCUGCCGCUGAACGUUUCCUCGAUAAAGCCAUUCUGGUUGCGAGUGAGAUCCUAGAGAAGUGGUUAUCUUCACAUAUUUCCACAGGUUUAUUCAGUGGGAAAGAUUCAGGUUCCAGCACAGAGUCGUCACCGACGGCGUCAGUAGAUCUGGAUCGAGUCACUGCUGAUAUCGUAAACACGGUGAUCAGUGGAAUUGCUCUCGAGAAUGGAAUAACUGACGUGGAAAACGGAUCGGAAGCUCGGGUAGGUGGAGCUCAGGUGAACGAUGCUGAUGCUCGCUCAGCUCCCUAUUCAAAGAACUUCUCAGACGUUUUCACGAAGCUCCGAAGUCUUAUUGGACUCGGAGAUAAAAAGAGACAGUCGUGCUCGUGCCUGAAGAAUGCAGCAGCAGCAGAAGUGACUGCUGCUCAGAGCCUCGUGUCCGUCAGCGAAGCUCCAAACCUGCAGGCUGUUAUUGACAGCUGCACUGAGGAGCUCAUCGAGAAGAACGCAGAUAUAUUUCUGCAUGACGAGCUGCUGGCCAAGUCCAGCUCUUCUAAAGCGCCUCGGCUCAGACGGUUUGCGUUCCUGAGGCCGCGUAAAUCCGGUCAGCAGAUUGUUUCCGAGGUAAAAAAGACCUGUGAAGUGAGCAGUUCUGUCCCUCUGAGGUCUAAGGAGCUCCUCAAUAAAGCCACUCAGGUGGUGAGUGUGAUGCUGCUCAGAAGGUUGUCCACAGCAGAUUCUUCGAUGUGCUCAUUAGAAGACGAACAAAGUGCCGUUAGUACCGCAGAUUCGCUCGUCAGGGUUUUAUACGAAUGUGACGAGUCUGUGAAAGAGGAGACUAAGAGCUCUGACGCUCUCGAUGCCUUGUCCUGCUUCUUUGACGUCAGAGAAGCAGAAUCUGACAAAAAACCACGGAACGUGUUGAGAAAAGUGCGAAGUCUCCUUCAGGCCUUUUUCUCAAAGGCAUCUGAAGCUCUGAGCUCUCCCACACACGAGGAGAGGGUGGAGGAGAAGGUGGACCUGGACCUGUGCACCAACAGGGUCAUUGCCGAAGUCAUUGAUUUGUUAAGGAGUGAGCUGACAGCUCCACCUACAGUGAAGAACGAUGACGCCUAUUUCCACUCCAAAUCCACCAGGCGUGUGAGUGACAUCAUCUUCCGAAUGGUGGAAUCCUGUCCUCUGCUGCCCUCACAAUUCCCAAAGGAACGCCACACGGAAUCGCGUCUCAGGAAAGUGGCGUCCGCUUUAAAUCUGCAGGUCGUUUCUACUGCUUCUGAGAUUUCCCGAACUGUUAGCUCCACUGUGCAGCAGUUUAUAGAUGCAGACAGGAAGUCGAGGCCUUCGGUCCAGAGCAGUUCAUUCGCUCCUCUGCACCUUUUCACUGUGGUGCGCAACAAGCUGAAGGCUUUCUUCACUUCCUUCUCUAAACGUGUCGCUGAUGAUGAAAGGACAGAUGCAUCAGCACAGUCAGAGAGGGAUGAGGAUCGUGUCACUCCCAUCUACAUCAGUGAGGAUGGCACGGUUCAUGAGCUAAGUGAGCUGGAGGAUCUUUCUCCGGAGGAGAUGAUACAUCGACGAGCACGUGCUAUUACGGACGUAAUCGCAAAACUCCUCCUGAGGAACGUGGACAGGGCAGGAGAUGUUGGCCAGCGUUCAUCAGAUUCUGUUCUGGGGAGAGGGAACAUCACGUUACGCUCCAUCCGGUUACCUUCUCAGUGCGUUUACACGUUUGCAGAGGAGUCCAUCAAGGCUUUACUGCAGAAUGUGCUGAACGCCGGGCCGAGUGCAGGAAACGAAGCACAGGAAAGCAGCUUGGCGGACGAAUCGACCUGUUGUCCUUCUGCUACAGCACUCGCACGUAAAAUCGAGGACGCUGGGACUUCCUCUGUGUGUCGUAUUAACGAUUUGCAUCCUAAGUCUCCUCAGCUAUCAGCAGCUUCCUCCAGCUCGUGUCCUCGUGCUGACGUGGAGGAGACUCGGGAACAUCUGAGCAUCACCGAUCAGCAGAAUCGAAGCGGAAGUGAUGGAUGCUCCUCACAUCCAGCAGCUGAGGAUCAGGAGAAGAAAAAGAGGCUUGGACUCCUCACAAGGAACGGGCGCAUGAUCAGAAGUGGAGUUAAGAGUCCCAAGAAGUGGAAGAAGAACCAGAGCAGAGUUCCUCUGACAGGCGAUGACCAACCGACCCCUUCCACCUCCGCAAAUCUUCACAGCUCUUCACACAGAGAAUCGAAGGCCUCGGGGUCGGUCUUCAAGAAUGCUCGCAGAAGGCUGGGCAGGAUCUUCUCCAACAUCUCCAAGACCUUCACCAGCUGCUCCAACCCUGAAACCGCUCCAUAAACUCGUCAGCGUCGGCCUGUGCCCGGUGACCGUUAACCGAGUUACCGUGGUAACAGACACCAGCGACGGAAACACAAACAAACAAACAAACAAAAACAAACAAACAAACAAACAAAAAACAAACAAACAAAAAUAACCCAAAAACAAAAGACUCCAACAAAAACAAACAAACAAACAAAAAAAAGCAGAAA